UUUGCGGAGCAGUGGAGAAUCGGACAGAGCAAACGGCGCGCGCAGCGUCAAUGGAAUGUAAGAAUGCCUCGUUUUUAGUUACCAACGGUCAUUUUUCUGAGUGUUUUACAACUGACUGUCGUCAAAUGCCGUCGUUUAUCUCCUGUUUAUGCGCCAAAAUCGGUUUCAUGCCUUACUGAUUUGAUGGACUGUGAUUCAUUAAUAUGUAAGACAGAGUUGAUGGACAUCUUCUCAGUUGUUUCAGGACUGAACAUCAGAUUACUGCAUGAGAGUUUGUUUGUUAGGAUAUUGUGGAUAUCUGACGGAACUUAGAAAUCAUACAAGCCAGUUUUGGACCUCGGAGGCGUUUUCUGCACCAGCAGUGAAGUACGGCACAACUUAUGCACUUUUGUCCUGAGCUGGACUGAAUUAUUUGGGGUUGGAUAUUCAUUUUCUCCACAGGAGUAUAAUUAAAACUCAAAGUCCUUCAUAGAAAUGCUAAUGCUGUGGUUAAUGGAGAAACAUUUCUAAAAACUCACCCGCAGUGGACCCGGCGCCCACAUCUGUCUGUGUGCAUUUAAAAUAAUUUUACUUAACUCACCCGAUCCAUUAUCAUAAUAUUGUUUGAAAUUCAUCCCAAAUCAAAUUCAUACUUUGACCAUAUGACUUAGCAUUUCCCCCUAACUUACAUCUCAGUCUGACAGUUACUUUGGGACAUUCAAGUUGGGGUCACCACCUCCCUUGAUGGCACAAAGGGUUCUGAUGUUCCUGAAUCUGCUUUCUUUUACAAAUAUUCAGAGAUUUCUGGUCUGAUUUUCCAAAGUCUUUCAGAUGUGGAUGUUGCGGUCACGCCAUCUCCUCAAGCUUUGAGGGAACGAGUGAAGUUCAUCCCUGCUGUCCCUCCACCACUCUUUUUCUCUAUUAGGUCCCAUUAAUUUGUCUUGUAGGAGUACCAUGGGAGUCCAGACAAGGGGUGCCUGGGCGGGCAUGGCGUUCUUGGACUGGUUCAGUGGAUUGGGAUUUCUCUUAAUCUUCCUGAUGGAGAGUUUAGCAGUUGAUGCGAGCAACAUGGAGCCAGUCUACUGGAAUUCUUUAAACAGGAGGUUUGGUAAUGAGAGGGGUUAUAUACUGUACCCUCAAUUAGGGGACCGUUUGGAUCUUGUCUGUCCCGCUACGAGUCCCCACGGGCCGAACUCCCCUCCAGAGUAUGAGUAUUAUAAACUGUACCUGGUGUCCUCACGAGAGCAGGCCGACAAGUGUGAGGUGAUGGGUGCCCCCAACCUGUUGCUUACCUGCGACAAACCCAACAGCGAUAUGAGGUUUACCAUCAAGUUUCAGGAGUAUUCACCAAACCUCUGGGGUCACGAGUUCAAGAACUUUCGAGAUUACUACAUAAUAGCUACGUCUGAUGGUACGAAAGAAGGGAUCGACAGCACGAGAGGAGGAGUCUGUGUGACACGAGGGAUGAAGCUGGUCCUUAAAGUGGGACAGACUGCAUAUGGCCUUCCCCCAAAGCCCAAACCUGAUUCUGGCCGGCCUAACACCAGAACCCCAGAUCUUGACAAAGACGAUGGCUCUAAAGGGGGUGACGAGAGGGGAGACAGUGGUGGCGUCUCAAACAUCGCCCUCAUUGCAAGUGGGGCCGUUGGAGCCGCCUUCCUCCUCCUGAUCACGGUAGUAAUCGGUGUGGUGUGUUACCGCCGACGGAAAGCCAAGCACUCAGAGACCCACCACCCUGCCCUUUCCCUCUCCUCUCUUACCCCAAAGAGAGGCAGCUCUUGCGGGGCUGGUACCGGGUCUGGCGGGGGCAACAAUAAUGGCUCAGAGCCCAGUGACAUUAUCAUCCCCCUGCGGACCUCUGAUACAGCUUACUGCCCACACUAUGAGAAAGUUAGCGGCGAUUACGGACACCCUGUUUACAUCGUGCAGGAAAUGCCGCCUCAGAGCCCUGCCAAUAUUUACUAUAAAGUAUGAGAAGACAUCAAAUCAACCGAAUGCACACAGAUGACCCAUUAUGACUUAUUGUUCAAGUCCCCCAAACACAUUCGCUGUGUGUGAGAGUGUGUGUCCAAGUGACUCUAUACUUCUUAUAACACACCGUUAAUAGAAUGGACUUGAUGUUAAGCCAGUCGACUGUUUCAAUAUGUUGCCAACAUUAAGCGGUAGAAAUCUAGGGUUUAUGUAAUUGCAGCUUGUUUGCAUUUGUUUACACAUGUCGAUGUAUUUGUGUGCGAGUGGAUGUGUCAGUUUCACAUAUGUUGCUCAGGUGCAAGCAGGGUCCAAAAUUAACACUCGCCAAAUGACAAAUGCUUAAAAAUUGGCUUUAGUGAGUAAAUAAAACAGACUCAUCAGUGGAUCUGCAAUAAUACAUUUUUUAAAUCAAAUUAGUAAGAAUCAUAGUCUGACCCUCGCUUAUGUAAGCGACUCAAGUGAAUUAAUUUAAAGACAUACAAACCAUUUAAAGAAAACACUUUUUGCAACUCAUGAGUCUUCAAACAGUGUUUACCUCAGUAAAAGUUUUACCAGCAGAAGUUCACCAAGGACACUUUUUUCUAAACAAAUGCAGUUUUACAGAGAGGAGACUAGCUUGUAUAUGAUGCUGUGAGUGACACAGUGACCCGUGCUGUUUAUAACUAAUAUAUAGAAAAAUAACAGCUGAAUAAUCCCAUUGUCAUAAAGACAAAAAUAUACAUUACAAAAUACAGAUUCAUAGCUGGUAAGAAGUACUUUUGGCUGGUAUACUUUCUCAAAUCACUCGCCAUUGGCAGGUGUUGCAAAAAGUUAAUUUUGGACCCUGGGUGCAAGUGAAUGUAUGUCCUGAUGUGUCACACGAGACGAGUUUAAAAAGCUGUGCUAAUGGAUGGAAUCAAGUAGGUUGAUGUGCUUUUCCUCAAAACCAAACACUAGAAAGCAAGAUUUUUAAAUGAUUCAUGCUCUACCUUUAGAAAAAAUACUGUAAAAAUAAUAUGUGCUUCAUGCACUUUCAGUAUUUUGUUUUCUGAUUUCUUCUGAUUGUGGACGUUUGUCUUUUCUGAGAGUUUCUGAGCCCAGACCUCAACCUGAUUUAUUUAUUGUGCAUCAAAGGAACCAUUUUUCAUCCCCUACACUUCAUUGGCUUUCCAUCAUUGCUCCUCAGCUCCCAGUUGUUUGUUUUUGAGUUUUUUUUAAACAUCUUUAUUUGAGGAACAGGAAGUGCUUGUGGAGGAGGUGAAGACUGAUGUUCAAAUGGUUCAAUUGGAGACUCUUCUAAGAUUUUCAAGAGGUUGGAGGUCAAAGUUAAUAGGUUAAGACAAACCCCUCAAAACUGCCCGUGAGUCAUCCACUCACAGUGAUUUUAAGGGCUUCUCGCUUUACCCGAGCUUUUGAAGUACUGUGUACGCCAUGACAAACUGCUUACCGUAGAUGCACAUUGCUAGACUUAUACCCUUAACACACAUCUGCAUUACAGCAAUUUUUGUUUUCAUGUAUUAACCCCAAUAGAUGGACACCAGCUGUGUGUUUGUAUGGAUUCUAAAGCUUUGUGAUUGUUGUUAAUCAGACGGUCAAAGAAAGCAAGAAUAAGAGGACUACGCCACUCUGCGUCUAAUUUAACUCAAUCAUGUCCACGUUCUCUAAUUGGUUCUAAAUUACAAUUUCAUCCUGCUGGCCAUUAUCACAAUCGGGGUGACGUAUCCAAACCAUCACUGACAUUAUCACCCCAUGCCAGCUGGAUGCUUCUAGUCCACAGUUCACUUGAGUUAUUUCUACUGACGAGACAUGACAUCAUCACAGAGACAUGAAAUGAGACAGUGUGAUACUGGCCGGAGUGACCUGAGCUUCCUGGUUCAAAUGGAACAGUUUGCUCUGUUCAUGUUAAUUUAAGGAUGUAAUCUUGCUAUCAAUACCACAAACACAGGACAUGGCUGAAAUGGUGCUUUAUCAUUCUGUUAUGUGAACUUCUUUAAAGGUUGUUUUUCUUGCAUUUUCUCCUCUUCCUCUUUGCAUUUUGUUACUUUUAGCAGUGUUGAUUUGUUAAUACAAUGGGGUCUAAAAGUCUGAGACAACUAGUAAAAAUGCUUUAAUUUGCAUUCUUUUCUAAUUGUAUACACAUUGUGAGCAUAAUUUGACUGAAAAGUUGUACAUAAUUUUUUUAUAGACUUGAGGUGGCAUUGACAAGUUUGUGCAAUGACGUUAUUUCAGUGUGAUUUGAGAAAAAGAGCAUCUUUUGUGCUCUGUUGGAAAAACGUUUCAAAAAAGUUAUUCCAAGCGACUGAUGUUAGAGGCUGUAGCCUUUAGCCUCCUCGCUAAUAUGCGGCUUCCCAUGCCAGCCAACGCCAGUUCAAAUUCUACUCAGAGUGGGUUGAGCAGGACUGGUUACAGUGGUGCCGUGACCUGGAUGGGAGUGAGGUUUAGGGGGAUGAGUGUAACGGGAGCUAGCUGGUACGUCAUAGCUGUGUGGUAUGUGUUAACCUUACUCCCCUGGCCUCAGGAGGUGCAUUAGCGACUGAGGCUAGAGGCUGUAGCCUUUAGCUUCAUGCUUUCACCUCCCAUGCUGGCUGACGCAGCUUGGAGCGGCUCGAGCAGGACCGGUUACACAAGCAAAAGUACAAAUUUAACAAAUGGAGUAUUUUAAAAUCAUUUAAAUAUGCUUAACUUUGCCAGACAUAAAAUUAGUUAAUUAAAUGCCAAAGCAAAUGAUGGUUUGCCAUUUACCAAAUUAUUUAAUAAAACUUACACAUUUUGUUUACUAAGUUUUAAAUGUUCAUCCUUAUUUAGUUUAAUUAAAUACUUUAGGUUUAUUCUGAAUCCAUAAUAUGUUCACCAAUUAAAGAUUACUUGGAUCCAUUUAAUGGAAAUGUGUAGUCCAUUCGAAAUGUGUAAAUUGAAAGAAAUUACAAAUAUUUUUUUGAAAUGUUUGGUACAAGCAGUUAACAUGACUGUCACAAAUUUGCUUACAUUUGGUUAGUGACCAAGAAAUAGUGCAGAAACUUAAUUUUAUGUAACUUUUAUUUGUUUGAUAUUUUUCAAAAUGUCUAUUAAACUUCCUGUUUAUUUCCAGGUUUAAAUAAAUAUCAUAUUUCCAUAAUCAAAUGCUAAAAUAAAUAUAAAAAAAAAAUCCUGUAUUUUUAGUUGGCAGACUUUUGGACCCCACUUUAUAUUGAGCAUAUGAAAGUUGUCUAAAUGAAGGAAAACUCUUGGCUUUAUCCAACCUACUUUGGUCGUGGCUAGAUGGCAACCAACAUUUUGCAAAAAUCUGUGAAAUUUACAUUCAAGAUUCAGAAACUUGCCAUUUGGAGUACAACAGAAAUUAAAAGCAUUUGUUGUUCAUUACUUAACUCUAACACUAGCUUUCACUGAACCUGACAGAAGAAAAUACAUGAGUGCAAGAAUAAAAAAAAAAAAGAGGGUUACCAUCUACUCAUGACCUAACCUUGUAGAAGCCAGAGCAGCAGUGCUCUUUUGCAACGCAGAAGGGAUGCAAUGAUUGCAAACUUCCAUCCCAUUUCCUGCCAACAACCUCAAUAAUGUGGCAGCCACAGUAUUCCUGAACUGUUGCCCUCUGCAGGCCUGGAGGAACCUUCACUGUGGUCAAGAAGGGCCAAGACUAGGCCUAUUUUUGCUUUUUUGCUCUCUUUCAAGGGAUAACGUCUUGUUCACUCCAGUAUUAUGUGAUAGACUCUACUGCCUAAAUUCUAAGAUGUAAAGCACAUUCUAAGAUGUAUGGGUUAGGCUAGAAUUUUACUCUUCGUCAUGAUCAGCUUCUCUGCUGAGCAAAGAGGACUCUUCUGGCCUAAUUAGUGUUGACCUAAGCCACUGAAAGCAUUACAAUACCUAUGGCUAAAACUUCCCAUACUGACCACACAAGGACAACAAACCAAGUUUCAUAAUUUUUCAUCAGCUGGGUGUUUUUUGUUUUGUUUUUGUCUGUCUGUGUUUUUUUUUUUUUUUUUGUUAUUUAAUACUGGGUUUUAGAUUUAUUUGGACAGUUGAAACAUUUUUGUCAGCUAAUUUAAUAUCAUAAUUUGAGAUGCCUUGAAACUGAAGUGAUAAAUACUUGCAUUUCUAACUAACCUUCAACAGUAUUUUUACAAACAGUGCUGAAUUUAUUGGGCAAGAGGAGCACAGCUAAAUCUGGAUCGACUUUUUCAGUGUUUUAAAAGUCCAGAUGGACUGGACGGGACGUGAAAUAAUACUGAUGAAAUGUUGAGAUAAUGCUAAGAUGUUAAAAACACUGAGGCAAUGUUAAAUAAAUGUUAAUAUGUUUAAGAUGUUGAGACAGCACAUUGGAAAAAGCAAUGAUUUGGUGCUCCUGUUCUUUUACUAGCUCUCUCUCUCUCUCUCUCUCUCUCUCUCUCUCUCUCUCUCUCUCUCUCUCUCCUUUCUCUCUUUUUUCUCUCUCUCUCUUU